AUGACACCACCACGUGAGGAUGCUAGUGAUUUAAAGUAUGUUGUUGGUGAUAAAGUUUUGGUGAUUAGAAGGUCGCUCAGUGUUCAAACUAAGGAGGAUGAUUUGGAGCAACAAAAGGAGAACAUCUUCCAUACUAGAUGCCUAAUCAAUGAUAAAGUAUGUAGUAUGAUCAUUGAUAGUGGGAGGCAUUGGCAAUUUGAUAGAAAAGCCAAGCAUGACGGGUUUAAGAACAAGUAUUCAUUGGAGAAAGAUGGUAGAAUUUAUACACUUGCUCCACUAACACCAAAGCAAGUGUAUGAAGAUCCAAUUCAGUUGAAGAAAAGCUAUGAGGAGGAGCACUCAGCUUUGGCCAAAGUGGAAGAACAAGCCGAACAACAUGGUGAGAAUGUGAGGAAGAGUGAAAAUAAAGAGGCAUACUUUAACUCUGAUAAUUUGGAUUCUUGUGUUCCUAAUGCUGUUAAAGUUCUUUUACAUGAACUUGAAGAUGUCUUUCCAGAAGAGAUUCUUAGUGGCUUACCGCCAAUUAGGAGAAUUGAACAUCAAAUCGACUUUGUUCUAGGAGCAUCUAUACCAAAUAGGCCAGCAUAUAGGAGCAAUCCCGAAGAGUCUAAAGAACUCCAACAGCAAGUGGAGGAGUUGAUGUCGAAAGGAUACAUUCAUGAGAGCAUGAGUCCUGAUUAG